UACAACAACAACAACAACACUACUACAAACAACAAUUACUCUCUUACCACAUCUUCCAAUUUAAACCUUCCACUCAAUAACUCAAAUCACCAUCAAAAUGCAGUCCGCUAUCGCCUUCACUGUCUCCCUCCUUGCCCUUGUUGCCUCGGCAGCUCCCACCACUCGCACCGUUGGCACUGUUCAAGUCCAGUUUGCCAACGAUGUCACUGGAGCAAACGGCAACGCUCGUAUCCCUCUUGACGGAUCCAACAUCAACCUUGGAGAGGCUUAUGGCAACACCAACCUGGAGAAGGACGGCACCCUCUUUGUCACCAGCCUUCAGUUCACUGCCGACUUCCAGAACGUGCAGUGCGUUGUCCUCAAGGACUUCCAGACCAGAGUCGCCUUCAUUGCCGACCCUCACCAGGACUUCCAGACCUUCUCUCAGAAGCCCCUAGACUGGCAGAACAACUUCACCAUUGCUUGCAAUGUCGCUUCUUCUUAAGCAUUCUCUUAAGCACUCUCUUAAGCACUCUCAAGGUCGCGGGGUAGAAUGGACAGGUCUUUGGAGGGGCGUCGAUUUGGUUUGAUUUUUAUCUCCUUUGUCAGGGCCGGAAGCGAUCGGCUUAGCACAAAUGGCCAGAAGGUACCUAGUUAAUACAUAACUAAGAAUUACAUCAUUUUAGACGGAUAGGAUGCAUUAGCAAUAUAUAUACAUUCAUUUCAGAAAUU